GUUGCUCAGAGUGGACGUGUGUUUGUUGAGUUGUUGUGCAUUUUUAAAUUUAAAUUUAUUUACAUUUCUCGAUGCAGUCUAGAAGUUCUCAUUUCUCGGUACCUCCUUGUCUUGCUUGGGAGAAGUUGAACUUGGCCUGUCGGCCAUAUUGAUAAGUGUCGGACCUCCUGCUCUAAAGUGCGAGUGAAUCGAGUGACGUAGUCGACUGUGAACGAAGUUUGGUGCCGGAGUGCGGUGUUACCUAAUUCAGCUUUUUGUAUCUUUGCGCGGAUUUGAUCUCCCGGCCCCCUGCGUCCGUGUCGGCGACUUUACCGCUGCGCUACGAGAGCUUGAGCGAGCCGGCGCGAAAUUACGAUACAAGUUCAACGUCGUUAUCGGUUUGAGUGACGCGCUGUGAUAUUGAACCUUAGUGACAAGCAAAUAGAAGUCAUAUUUACAAAAUGUCGUCGUGUCAAUCCUGUGAUCUUCAGAUCAAUAAUAAUGACUAUUUACAAUGUACGGCAUGCAGUGGACUUUACCAUUUGUCUUGCUUAGACUUAACUUUGGAGCAAGCUUUAAACGUGAGACAAGCGUGGUUAUGUUCGUUUUGUUCAUCGGUCAACACGCGGCGACGGAGGAAUGACAACACCCCCGUUCAGCGUGCUGCUUUUGACGACUCUGUCAUGUCGUUGGAUGAUUCACACGCUGCAGACAGGCCCCCCCUCGUAGUUAGAACAGACAAUGGCAAUUUGUUAGUGACGCCGCCGAAUUCCUAUCAUGAAAAUAUUAGAAAUAUAUCUGGAAAUAGCAGUUCACUUUUAACAUCUGGUCCUGAAGCGUUAUUACACGAUAUUUUGACGAAAGUGUCGGCGUUACAGACUCAAUUCUCGGCGAUUCAAGCAAUACAAUCGGAUUUGUCCCAAGUUAAGUGUGAUAUUGCCGAGAUGAGGAGCAGUAUCGACUCCAAAUUGACUGACUUAGCCGGCAGAAUGAGCACGAUUGAGUCUCGGGUUAGCGCACUGGAAGAGUGCAAAGCAGAAUUGGACGACGUAAAAAAGGCAAUCGGCGAUGUUAUAAACGACUCCCGAAGAAAUGAACAGUGGGUUAGGCGAUCUAACAUACAAAUCAAUGGCGUGCCGGAAACAAAGGGAGAAAACCUGUUCACCAUUCUGAAGUCGUUAGCGGACCUAAGUGGAUACUCGCUGAAUACGAACACCGACGUAGACUUUGUUACGCGUGUUGCUGUGAGGAACGACUCGGACGGCGCCAUACCGAAACCCAUUAUUGUUAAGAUGCAAGCGCGCUAUAAGAAAGACGACUUCAUGGCGUCACUCCGUAAAUUAAGAAAUUUAAAAGCUUCCGACUUAGGAUACAAUACCAGCCUUAAUCGAAUUUACGUGAAUGACCAUCUCUCGACUUACAAUAAAUAUCUACUCAAAGAGGCGAAACAACGAGCCAAACAGAAAAAAUAUCAAUUUUGUUGGGUUCGCAAUUGCACAGUCAUGGUUCGGCGCGAUGAAAAGUCCCCGGUUUUGUAUAUUGGGUCGGAAGAGGCUUUAAACAAAAUUACAUAGGCGUUACAACUUUAGCUUUGCAUUUGUGUAUCAAAAACCUUUACCUCUAUAUUUUAUUACUUAAAUUGUGUAUAAGUGAUAUUAAUAUUUGCAGAAACAAAUUAUAUCUUGGCUGUAUUUCUUGCUAUAAAUUAGUUCAUGGAAUAUUUAUUUUCGAUUUAUCUUACAUUAUUUCUUGCAUACUAUUGCUUAUUAUUGCUGGAGCUUGGCUUGCUAUUGAAAUGAUUUUUGUUCUAAGAUCCAAAUACAGAAAUAUUGAAUUAAAUAUUAAUUUUAUCGUUAAAUAAUGGACGGUAAUAUUAGUAUAUAUUACCAAAAUGCACGGGGCUUAAGGUCAAAAACAAUUGAAUUUCUUCGUAACGUAUUAAGAUUUAACUACGACUUUGUUUGUAUUACGGAAACCUGGCUCCUGCCUGGAAUAUUUGAUUCUGAACUUUUCGAUUCUCGAUACUCGGUUUACCGUACUGACCGUGAUUAUGAGCGAGUAGGUAUGACGCGGGGAGGAGGUACGCUUAUAGCCGUGCAUCGUAAGUUCAGAGCUGAAAAACGCGAUCUUCACCCAUUCGUCGAUUUACUUGACGCUGACGUCACCUGGAUUGAUGUACCUAUCGCUCAAGGACCUACUGGUAAGAAAAUAAGGUUAUUAACUUGUUAUUUUCCACAAAGUAAGUUCCAGAUAGAGUCCCAAUCAUCAUUUUUUGAAUUUUUAUCUAAUAUUUACACUGACUUUCCUAACGAUUAUUUCGUAGUGUUAGGUGAUUUUAACAUUCCGGGAGCCUCCUGGAUACCUAAUGUACCUAGCCAAAAAAAGUUCAAGUUGGAGAUUCCAAAUUGUGAUAUUUUAACGACUCAGUUGUCUGCGUUUAUGUGUUUUACCGACUGGUAUCAAUUCAACGACAUUCCCAAUCAAAAUGGUAGACAAUUAGAUUUAGUUUUGUCAAAUAUUGACUGUAGUGUAUCAAACGUUGAAGCCUUGGUUCCUAUAGACUAUCAUCACCCGGUCUUUUGUGUAAAGACUUGUAUAGGGUCGAGUGAUAAUUACUUAAAACCAGCGCGUCGUAUAGUACGGCGUUUCUAUGCAGCUGACUACGACAUUGUAAACGCUGAAUUGGAUAAAGUGGACUGGGAACGUUGUCUUCCACAAGAUAGCAUAGAAAAAGCUGUUGACACUUUCUAUGAUAUUCUAAACCGAAUUAUAGAUGACCUGAUCCCCACUAAAAUAAUAAAUUCUAGCCAUGACAAAUUUCCCGUAUGGUACUCCCGACCAUUAAUAAAAAUGAUUAGGAAUAAAAUAAAGACCCAUAAAAAAUGGAAAAUUUAUGGACGAAUCGCGGAUUACAUAGCAUUUUCAAAAUUAAGGGCAAAGAUUAAAUCCAUGGAAAAUUCAUGCUACAAAUUAUUCAUCUCACGAUCUGAAAACAACAUUCGUUAUAACUCAAAAUCUUUUUGGUCAUUUUUAAAGUCUAAGAUGAGCGUAAACGGGAUACCCAACACACUUUUCUUGGACAACAGUGUUGGUAAUAGCGGCAAAGAAGUCGCUGAUUUAUUUAAUACCUAUUUUCAGUCAGUUUUCGUGAAUAGUGUUAACUCUCAAGCACCUUGCCAAUCUACUUCAAUUGCAUUAAAUAACACUGUGUUUUCGAAUUGCCUAAUAAAUAAUGUUAAUAUCACUACCUCUCUAGUUGAAAGCUACCUUAAAGGAUUGGUGACUUCUAAAGGCUGUGGACCAGAUGGAAUACAUCCCAUAUUUUUAAAGAACUGUCGGGCGAGGUUAGCUUUUCCCAUAUGCCUACUAUUCAAUCUUUCUUUAAGGACUGGGACAUUGCCAUGUUGUUGGAAGAGAUCGAUCGUAGUUCCAAUCCAUAAAAGUGGCAAUAAACAUGAUAUAAAAAACUAUCGGGGUAUCUCUAAGUUGUCGGUUAUCCCUAAAAUGUUCGAAAAAAUUAUCUACGACUCAUUGUUUUAUGCAGUUCGACCGAAAUUGGUAAAUCAGCAACAUGGAUUUAUCAAUAGACGCUCCACUGAGUCCAAUUUAUGUCAGUUGAUUGAUUAUGCGACGAAUGCAAUGGAUAAGGGCUAUCAGGUAGAUGUUAUUUAUACCGACUACUCCAAAGCAUUCGAUAAAAUUUCUCAUUCUCUGCUUAUUCAAAAAUUACAAACUUUUGGAAUUCACGGUAAUCUUUUGAGAUGGCUUACUUCCUACCUGCGCGACAGAACACAAGCAGUUGCUAUAAAGGGGUACACUUCUAGCUUUGUUCCCGUAUCUUCAGGCGUACCUCAGGGAUCCCAUUUGGGUCCAUUAUUAUUCAAUAUUUACAUUAAUGACGUUGUUGAUUGUUUCAAAUUUUCUGAUUUAUUAUUAUAUGCCGACGAUACUAAAAUAUAUACUAUUAUAAAGAAUAGAGAUGAUUGCACGAAACUUCAAGCUGAUCUUGAUAGACUAACUUUAUAUUGUUCUGUAAAUGAACUGUACUUGAAUGUCGAGAAAUGCUGUGCUAUUACGUUUACAAGAAAACGCAAUAAGAUAGAGUAUAAUUAUUCUUUAAACAACAAAAUUUUAAGGGUUGUGUCUGAAGUGAAGGAUCUGGGUAUAAAUCUCGAUAGUGAACUACAAUUUAUUUCACAUAUUGACAAAAUUUCUACGAAAGCAUACAGAAUGAUGGGAUUCAUUUUCCGCCAAAGCAAGGAUUUUACAAACCCUAAGACUCUGCAACUUCUAUUUAACGCAUUUGUUAGGUCAAACUUAGAAUACGCGACUACAGUCUGGAAUCCUCAUUUUAAUGUUCACAUUCAUACAAUUGAAAAAAUUCAAAACAAAUUUAUUAGAACAAUGAAAUAUAAAUUUAAAUCUUUUAGCACUAACAAUUUAGAGUCUCUUCAAACACGUAGAGAAAUUCGAGAUCAGAUAUUUUUGUUCAAAAUCUUACAUGGCCUUAUUGAUUCACCUAAUCUUUUAUCUAAGAUUUCGAUUCGAUGUCCUAAUCGGCGAACUCGCUCCACAAACCUUUUUGCAAUUGACUUUGGGCGCACUACGUAUGCAAGAAAUAGUUUCUUAGCUAGAGCGUGUAGAACUUAUAAUGAAAAAUUUGCUGAUAUAGAUAUAUUUCAUUUAUCAUUACAACAGUUUGUUUCUGCAAUAAAAAGUA